UUAUCUUAUCUUAUUCCUUGACAUUUGUCUUUAAGUACUGAUAUUAAAAGAGUCCUUAUCUCUAUGAUAUAAAGAAGAAAUUAAGAUAGAAAGGAUUCCAUUUCAGCUAGAACGACUAUAUAUUAGACCUUCCUGAUUUCAGCCAUUAAAAUGAGUGUAUUCUAUUUGUUACUUACUUUUUCCUUCAUACAGAUGGGGAGAUGUGUGUCUGUAUAUAAUAUGGAUACUAUGUGUGGACAAACGUUCAAUUUAACACCAAUACCGAAUGGAAUGAUGCGCUUGAAAACGACUCAAAAUGCCGAUUAUGCAAAUAAUAUGAACUGCACACUCAUUCUCACAACUGGACUGGCGAAUCACUUCACCUUUACGGUCGAGAGUGUACACACAGAAAGUUGUGGUCUUGACUACCUUCAAAUUAUGGAUGGGAAUAUAACUGCAACUGUCAUUCCAGGUCUAACAGACGGAAAGAUUUGCGGAUCAGGUCCUGUAGGAAGAGUUUUCAGAUCGUUUGGAAAUACAGUAACGCUAAAAUUCGUAAGCGAUAGCAGUGCUGUAUUACCGGGGUUUAGUUUACAUAUCGAGGAAAUCGCUGGAGGAGGAGUCUAUAUGGAGUCUUUUUGUGGAAAAACAAUAGACUUGCCCUCUUUCCAUAUGAGCUCACUUCGUUUGCGCCUAACACAAGGUGCAGUAUACACACCGAGCUUAAACUGCUCCAUAUUGUUCACAACAAGGCCGUCGGAAAGAUUUGAAUUCCAUUUUGGGAAUAUUGACAUUGAAAACUGUACUCGCUGUGUCUGUGACUGGCUAGAAGUUCGGGACGGUAUCUCUAGACAAUCCCCGUACGUGAGUGGUAUUGGUGGAAAAAUAUGUGGUAAUCGGUCGGAUCUAACUUCGGUUUAUAGGACGAAUGGAAACUCUUUGUACUUGCUGUUUGUCAGUGACCUCGGUGUCGGUGUCGGUUUUAAUAUAACCAUAGUUAGCAAUCAUACCGGAAUAUUAGAAUCUACGCAGUCCACUUCAACCACAACAAGUAAACCAUACAUUUCUACAAGUGCUGCACCAUUGCAUAAGAUCCAGGAGGCUAUAUCAGUAAGCUGCAAUGAAAAUUCUUGGACAAUAGGCGUCAAUAUGGACCGGCUAAGGAAGAUCUAUCCUGAUGCCAAAGCCUCUGAUAUAUACCUGGGAGAGAAUCGGUGCAAGGGCAUUGAACUUGCCGGAGUGCUGCUAUUCCACCAAAGCCUUGAAGACUGUCUCUCAGGACGUGGUUUACAUAAUGGAGUUAGCACCUUCACCAAUGAGCUCAUCUAUGCCGAACAUGAUCCUGUCCAUCCUUUCAUCAUCCGACAUUACAGAUGGACGAUCGGAGUAGAAUGCGAUGUGCAGCCAAAUGGCACUGUUUCAGGUUCGUUCAGUCACCAUUCAACAACACCACAAAGCAUCUCAGCAUCACAAUACCCAGUCAAUGUUUCAUUCUAUCUUGAUCCAAACUUUACGAUAGAAAUAUCGGGCACCCCACUCAAAGCUGCGACUGGAACAGACAUUUAUGUGAAGGUUUUCACAACUACGGCAGACUGGAACACUGUGAUGAAGGUCCAGUCUUGUUACACAAUUCCAUCUCCGAAUGCAACCGAAAACAUGAAAUUCGAUUUAAUCAAGGACGGAUGCGAGAUAGAUACAAAUACACACAUAAUUUCCCAAUCAUCUCAUGAAACCCGGUUUCUGUUCGAAGAUUUUGAGUACGCUGACAGUCACAAUGGUUUAUACAUGAAGUGUGAAGCAAUUUUCUGCACGUCGUUGGACUGGUCGACGCGGUGUCGCCAGAAAUGCAUACCCGUCGUCAGGCGAAAUGUAAAGAGGGAAGAAAUGAUACUCUAAAUUUCAUUUGUCAGUACGAAUUACAAAAUAAAAACUUGCAUAGAUAUUCAAUGACUACCUUUUGUUGAUUGCACUUACUGCAUAUUCAUCAAUGGAAUGUAUUUCAGAAUUGUCUGAAUUAAGCUUGGUAUUCCAACUACACAUGGACUAAGGAGAGUCCUAAGUUAAGUGUGUUAAGAGAACACGUGUGUUUUGACGAGACAUAACAUAUGAGAAAAGUCGUUGAUUUAAUUAUUUAUAAAGACCCACCACAAACAAGUGAUCUACUUUCCCUCUCGCAUCCACAUAAAUUUCAUGAAAAUUAUUCUGAUGAUAAAGGUAUAAUACAGCUACAAUACAAAAUGACAGGAAGACAGUUUCCACAAGUCCGUCUGCAAACUUAUUCAGUCAAACUCUUUC